AUGGAGGGCAAGGAAGAAAAUGUUAAGCUUGGAGCUAACAAGUUCUCUGAGAGGCAGCCCAUAGGGACUGCUGCACAAACUGAUAAGGACUACAAGGAGCCACCCCCAGCUCCUCUGUUUGAGGCUGGAGAGCUGCAAUCAUGGUCCUUCUGGAGAGCAGGAAUUGCAGAGUUCAUGGCUACUUUCCUCUUCCUUUACAUCACUAUUUUGACUGUCAUGGGUGUUAAAAGAGCUCCCAACAUGUGUGCCUCUGUGGGUAUUCAAGGGAUCGCUUGGGCCUUUGGGGGUGUUGAUCAGAACCUGUGUGAACCAUGGUUAAUACACGGUCAAAUGCCAACCGCUCUCGCUAUAGGAAGAAGCCGGUGA